GAGACGCAGGAGGUAGCUGGUGGGCACGGUUGGGCUUGUGGGGCCUAGGAGGGCAGCAGUUUGUUCUAACAGCUCUCCACGGCGUGACGCACAGCGGGGCCAUGGCGGAGGAGGGAGCCGUGACGGUCUGCGUGCGGAUGCGGCCGCUCAUCGCCAGAGAAAAUGAAUCAUCUGGAGAUAAAGUACAGCUUCAUUGGAAAAGUGAAAAUUGUACAAUUUUACAAGUGGAUGGUACAAGAACUUUUAACUAUGAUUGCGUCUUUCAUUCGAAUGACAGCACCCAACAAGUAUAUGAACGUGUAGCUGUUCCAAUUAUAAAGUCUGCUGUCCAAGGAUAUAAUGGCACUGUUUUUGCCUAUGGGCAGACUGCCUCAGGAAAAACAUAUACAAUGAUGGGGAAUGACAAGUCUAUGGGCAUUAUACCUAAAGCAGUUCAGGAUGUCUUCAAAAUUAUUUGUGCAAAUCCAGAUAGGGAGUUUCUGUUGAGAGUUUCCUAUAUGGAAAUAUACAAUGAAACCAUAACAGACUUACUCUGCGACAGCAGGAAAAACAAACCUCUAGGAAUUCGAGAGGAUGUUAAUAGAAACAUCUACGUGGAAGAUCUGAUCGAAGAGGUGGUUGUUAAUCCAGAGCAAGUCAUGGAAUGGCUCAGGAAAGGAGAAAAAAAACGACACUAUGGAGAAACAAAAAUGAAUGAACACAGCAGCCGUUCUCACACCAUUUUCAGAAUGAUUAUAGAAAGUAGGGAAAAUGACCCUGCCAACACAAACUGUGAUGGAGCAGUAAUGGUAUCUCAUCUGAACUUGGUAGAUCUGGCAGGCAGUGAAAGAGCUAGCCAAACAGGAUCAGAAGGUGUUCGACUCAAAGAAGGAUGUAACAUAAACCGGAGUCUGUUCAUCUUGGGUCAAGUAAUCAAGAAACUCUGUGAUGACCCAUCUGGUUUCAUAAAUUAUAGAGACAGCAAGUUGACACGAAUUCUCCAAAACUCCUUGGGAGGAAAUGCGAAGACAGUUAUAAUUUGCACAAUUACACCAGUUUCGUUUGAUGAAACUCUUAGCACCCUUCAGUUUGCCAAUACAGCCAAAAGAAUGAGGAAUACUCCAAAAGUCAACGAAGUCCUGGAUGAUGAUGCCCUCCUGAAACGAUAUCGCAAGGAAAUAGUGGACUUGAAAAGGCAGUUGGAAGAAGUUUCUUCAAAGACUCAUCUUCACGCGAUGGAGAAAGACCAACUAGCCCAGCUGUUAGAAGAAAAAAACUCUCUUCAGAAAAUACAAGAAAAUAGGAUACUCAAUCUAACUGAAAUGCUUGUCACCUCCUCCUCGUUUACAUCCCAGAAAGAUCUUAAAGCCAAAAGAAAAAGAAGAGUUACUUGGGCCCCUGGGAAAAUAAAUCAAGGGGACAUCAGCUAUUUUGCAAAUUUUGAAAAGCUAAAGCCAACUGAUGCCAAAAAAAUGAAAACAUUGGCAGAGAAGCUUCCAGAGAUGGAGGAUUCUAUGUUUUCAGAGUAUUCUGAAUAUGAUUAUCUGUGUCUACCUACCCCUGAUGCAGUCUCAGAAAGCGAAUGGAAUUCUGGAGCUAAUAUGAACUGGAGUCAAAAAGACUUUGCAGAUUCUGUCCAACUCUGUGAAACACUAGCACUAGAAAAGGAUAUUGCUAGAAAUGAGGUGAAUGUCCUGCAAGCUAACUUUGACAACCUAGUAUUAGAAAAUGAACAGCUGAAAUUGGAGAUGCGUGAAUUGAAGGAGAAACUGAAGGAAAAGAUAGAAACAGAUGAAUUUGAGGAACUGGAAAAACAAACCCAAAAAGACCAUGAGAUACAACUAAUACAUGAAAUUACCAACUUACAGAAUAUAGUUAAAAAUGCUGAAGUGUACAAUGAAGAUCUGGAGGCUGAAUUAAAAUCAAAAUUGGAACAGCUUAAAGAAAAAGAAAAUCAAGUAAAGGAUUUGCAGAAAUAUGUGGAAGAACUACAGAAGGCAGGCAUGGGGAAGAAAGAUGUGUCUUUUUCAGUGGGAGACUCUGAUAAACUACUUGAUGAAAUUCAACAAAUGAGUAAGUCUCUCGUUGAUACUGAAACUGUAGCCCUGGAUGCCAAGAAAGAAUCUGCAUUUCUCAGGAGUGAAAAUCUUGAGCUAAAAGAGAAAAUGAAUGAGCUCUUAAAUGGUUACAAGCAAAUGGAAAAGGAUGUUCAAUUGUAUCAAAGUCAAUUAGAAGCAGGAAAAGUGAGCUACAAAAAAAUGCAAGUUGACUUACAGAGAGAGCUACAAUCUGCCUUUCAAGAAAACACAAAGCUAACCUCGCUCUUGGAGGGUAAAGUUCCAAAAGAUUUGUUGUCUCUUGUGGAAUUGGAAAGAAAGAUAGCCGAUUUAAAAAAUGAAUUGGAUAAAGUGUUAGAAGAGAACACAGUAUUACGAAAGGAAGUAGAUACAUCAUCAGAAUUCAGAUCUUUACCCGAUAAAGUUGAGAUGCUACAGAAACAGAUAUUUGAAAAAUCAGAGGAACUGUGUUUAUUAACAUCAGAAAGAGAGAAACUGCUCUCUGAAGUGUCUGAUAAGGAGGCUAGACUUCAAGGCAUGACUGAAGAAAUCAGAAUAUCAAAAGAAGACCUAGCCAGUACCCAACUGAAGUAUGUAAAGGCUGAUCAGGAGUACCUAGAGCUCAAAGGCCACCAUGAAGAACUUGAGCAAAAAUGGUUGGCUACAUCUGAAGAAAGUGAGCAAAUGAAACACCAAAUAGAACAUCUAUCUGACGAAGCCCAAAAGCUUAAAACAAUUGUGGACAAUGUGAGACUAGAGCUCUCCAGCAAGAUCCAAGAAUUGCAAGAAAAGACUGCUGAGCAGGAACAACUUUUUGGUGUGAAAGAAGAGCUCAGUCAAGCUCAGCAGAAGUUGAGUGAAAUGGAGCAACUAAAAGAGAAAUCAAAAACUAAUGAAUCUAGAAUGGAGGCCGAGAGGAUGGAGAAACUGACAAUUGCUCAGAAACUCCAUGAAAGUCAAGAAGAGAUCAAAAUUCUAAUCCAGGAAAGAGAUGACCUAAAGCAAAAACAAGAAACCCUUCAAAGUGAGACAGACCAGCUCAAGGAGGAUAUACAGGAGACAAUUGCAACGAACAUCCUGGCACAGGAAGAACUGAGAAAUGCGCAAAGCUCUCUCAAGCAGUACCAGAAGACUGUUGAGGAGUUGGAGAAAGAUAUUUCAGAGAAAAGAUCUGAGAUUCUAAAUGUUCAAGAUACUCUAGGAGAAACUGUUGGUGAGCUAGAGCUCAAGAUAUUGCAGCUGACUGAGGAGCUAAAACAAGUCACUUUACAGAGAGACCAAUUCCUUGAAGAAAAAGUUAAUAUUAAACACCCGGAAGAAAGUGAUCAACUUCCUUUGCUACAAGAACAAAUCUUGUCUCUUACCCAAGAAAAGACUGUAUUGCUGAAAAAGUUGGAGAGGCUGCAAGUGGAAAAGAAACAGUGUGAGGAAUGCACUUCACCGAAUGCAGAGAUUCAGGAAGAACUGAAAAAUGCUUAUACCUCUCUCAAACAGCAUCAGGAAACUAUUGAGGAGUUGAAAGGAAAUAUUUCAGAGAAGGAAACUCAGCUCUCCAAAGUUCAAGAGACGCUAGGGAAAACAAUUAAUGAGCUUAACCAGAAGGUCAUUCAGCUAUCUGAAAACCUGACUCUUGUUUCCUGUGAACAUGACAAACUACUAGCGGAAAAAGAACGUAUUGAACAAACAAUGAAUGAACGUAUAUGUCCACAGCUGCAGGAGAUCUCUUCAGUUACUCAAGAGAGAGAUGAGUUUCAGCAAAGUCUAGCAUGUGUUAGAGCAGAAAGAGACCAGUUAAAGAUGGACAUAGAGGAAAACAAAGAGAGGUCUUUGAAAAUUCAGGCAGAAAUGGAAAAUCUACAGGAGGAGCUGAAAUGUCAGAAAGAGCAUGCUGAUGCCCAGAAGAAUGUGAUGAUAGAGAGAGAAAAGGAGUUGUUGAAGACAGAAGAAAAACUAACAGAAGAAACAACACAACUUAAAGAGAAGAUAGAAAGGUUGAAUGAAGAAUUAAACCUAGUCUCUGGUGAAAGGAAUCAAUUGCUGAGUGAACUGAAAGAAAAGACAGAGGGAGAGAAUGAACGUAUUCAGCAACUGGAGGAACAGAGUUCCUCAUUAACAGAGGAAAGAGACAAACUCCAGCACAUGCUGGAGACUGUUAGAGCAGAGAAGAACAAACUCGAGGUGGACCUUCAUGGAAGCAUUGAGAAGUCUGUAAAAAUUCAGGCAGAAAGAGAAAAUCUACAUGAGGAGCUGAAAAAGCAGGUUGAUACCCAGAAGAACUUGAUGGUAGAGAGAGAAAAGGAGUUGUUGAAGACUGAAGAAAAACUAACAGAAGAAACAACACAACUAAAAGAGAAGAUAAAAAUGUUGAAUGAAGAAUUAAACCUAGUCUCUGGUGAAAGGAAUCAAUUGCUGAGUGAACUGAGAGAAAAGACAGAGGGCGAGAAUGAACGUAUUCAGCAACUGGAGGAACAGAGUUCCUCAUUAAAAGCGGAAAGAGACAAACUCCAGCACAUGCUGGAGACUGUUAGAGCAGAGAAGAACAAACUCGAGGUGGACCUUCACGGAAGCAUUGAGAAGGUCAACCAGUUAACUGAGGAAUUAAACAGUGUUUCGCAUGAAAGACACCAGUUAGUGGCUGAAAGAACUAAUCACUAUCUCCAACUUCAAGAACAGAUUUCAUCAAUUAAUCAAGAGAAAGAUGAGCUCCAACAAAUACUUGAGGGUGUAAAGUCUGAGAGAGACCUGCUCAAGACUGAACUGCAAAAAAAUAUUGACAUGUGCACUGAAACAAAUGCAAAACUUAAAUGUGCUCUAGAUGAAUUGAAACAGAAGAAUCUGAAUGAUGUGGCAGUUCAGGCAAACCAACCAGAUGACACAAAACUGAGACAUGCAGAUAACAUGAAAGCAAAAGCCUUGGAAGUAAAGGGGCUUCUGGAGAAAUUCCUAAUGAUGGAAAAGAAGUAUGAGUGUCUCACUACAGUGUCUCUAAAUCUGAAAAGUGAACUCAGCAGUCAGCAAGCACUAAUAGCUGGGAUGCUGACACACCUUUCACCUGAACAGGCUAAAGAAGUCAAAAGGCUUCAAACGGAAAAUGAGAAAAUAAGCAAUCAUCUCCAGAGCUUGUUGAACAAACUUAAGUUUCUGUUCAGCCGUGUUUGCCAGAAGAAGGCAGAACACUAUACUACCAUUAACAACCAUGAAAUGGAUUUGCUUGAUGAGAAGAGAAAACAGAAUGAGCUACUGUCUCAGAUUCGGUGUCUCAAGAAAACUUGUUUGAAACAGGAUGAAACAGCUUACCAAGAGUUAAACAUCCAUGAAUUGCAGCAGAAGUUGGACCUCCACAUCGAGCACAUUCUCAGAGACAUGUCAGAAAUAGAAACUGAGCUUCUCAGUAUAGAGGCUGAGUUACAAAAGGAAGAGAGUGCUAGAAAAGAAGCAAUGCAGUUUUUGGAAACAUGUUCAGGAAAUUAUUGUGAUGUAGAAAAAAUUAAAGAUGGAAUAAAGCAAGACAAUGAGAGGCUUUUACGAAUGAUUAAAUUCUGGACACCUAAAGUCAAGACACUCCUUCAAACUUCAUCAGAGAUGGAUACCAGAACUGCCAACUAUUGCAAGGACUCAGAAAUUGAACUGAAACAAAGAAAAGGGAAAACUGAGGAGUUACUUGAGCAACUGAAGACAAUUAAGGAACAGCUGGCACCUUGUGGUGUUGCUAAUCUUGCACUAGAAGAAGAAAACUAUAGACUUUGUAACCAAUUAAAAGCCACAGAACAAGAUAUAAAGAUUAUGAAAACAACAAUCCAAAAGCUGAAAAAUGCAGUAAAUGAAGCAGGAAAAAAUGUCAAGGAGAAGGAAGAAAGAAUAGCCAUGUUACAAACGGAGAUUAAAAUGAAAGCUGCUGCAAGUGAACUUAACCAACUUCAGGCUAAAUUAAAUGAGACAGAGAAGUGUCUUAGAAAUGCAUUAACAGAGAAACAGACUUUCAAGGCAAAAUUAGAUAAAGGUGCCACGUUAUAUAAAGAAGAAAUUGAUCAUCUCAAAACUCAGUUGGUGAAAGCUGACAUGGAAAGAAUGAAGCAAUCCAGAAUUUUUGAACAGGAAAUUGCUUCUACAAAAGCUCUUGCAGAACACAAAGAGGAACAGUUAAGAAAAUUAAAAGAAGAACUGAGAAGAGCACAGCAAGAACAAGAUGUAACUGUAAUAUCAGGAAAAGAUGUUCCUCAGGAAUCACAUACACCCCUGACUUGUGGUGGUGGCAGUGGGAUUGUGCAGAGCACACAAAUGCUCAUUUUAAAAUCUGAACAAGCUAAAUUACAGAAAGAAAACCUGCAGUUGAAGAAAAACAAUGACCUUCUAGUAAGCAAUGAGCUUCAGCUAAAAGAAGAACUAACCAAAUGGAAAGAGAGAGCACUAAAAAUGAGAGCAGAAUCCUGUAGAGACACCACUCGGGAAAAGAUACAGAGGUCUCCAAGGAAGACCACAACUCAUUCAGUUAAAGAGCAAAUGCCUUCUCCCUCCAAAGAAGUUUCUUCACGAGAAAUCCUGCCUCUGGAUUCACCAAACACACUGCCUCUGACUUGUCCAAAUUUCUUUGAUAAUUCGAGCUUAGGCACACUUACAGAUAUGCGACCUGCAGGAACAGAGCGUAUAGAAGAUCGCUUUAAGCACUUGUUUGGAGCGUCAGAAAAAGAUAAAGCACCUGACUGCACAACCCAGUAAAGGUGCCCGUUAUUGUUCACUGAACUUGCUAGUGGAUAAAGUCAGAGAUUGCAUAUAGAGAAGAUGUGCUACAGAAGUAGCUGGUAUGUUUUAACUGUAGCCAGUGGGAAGAAGCUUUCUUGGAGCAGGAACUGAGCAAGUAACUGGAAAAGCUGGAAUACAAAAAUGUGACAAUAGUGUUGCUUGCAUCCAGCUGAUGGUCUCACCGUAGCAGUUCUGCAUUGCUCCUCUUGUGAUGGCAAAGAUAACAAAGCCAGCCAGCUGAAGAGGAAAUGAAAACUGGAAUGGAUCACAAAUCAGAGAAUCUCUACUGUGAAACUUAUCAAUGUUAAACUUUCCCCUCUCACUCCUAAGACAACCCUCCCAAGGGCAAUCAGUUUAAUCUUGGAAGUCCAUAAAGAAAGUGGAGAGAACUCUUUCUGCUACUCUUUUUCUAGUGUUCAGUGUUAUUUCAAGUUUUAUAUGUUGACUUUUCUAGGAUGGGGAAUAGCAUUCUCAUUCAACUUCAUUUAACCAGUUUAUAUAUAAUAUUCUAUUUAUGAGCUCACAAUCAAGGCUGUGUUUUUAAAAAGUCUCUAAUUCAUAUCUGCAGUGCACAGUUGAUUCUGGUCUGAGUAAUUUUACUUUUGUCAAUAAAGAUUGUUAUAUGCAUAUAGGCAGU